AUGGCGGAUGAGGCAAGAGAUGGUCGAUCAGAGCAGCUGGCUAUUUGUGUUAGGUAUGUGUCAGAGGGGGAGGUAAAGGAACGGUUUCUAGCACUUUCAGAACUGAUGUCCUUUGAUGCCCAGUCCAUUGCAGACAAGCUACAGGAGCAGCUCCAGAUCAAUGGCCUUGCUCAUGUCAAGUGUGUGGCACAGACUUAUGAUGGUGCCGCGGUCAUGAGUGGACCCAUAGGAGGCGUGCAGGCACGUUUUAGAAGGCUUCAUCCUGAAGCUAUCUAUAUACACUGCUAUGCGCAUGAGCUCAACCUAGUGUUGUGCCACACUUGCAAGGCUGUUACGGAGGCUGUGGAGCUAUUUGCUUUGUUGGAGAGUGUGUAUUCGUUUUUCACCACCUCUCUAGUGAAUCACCAUGAUUUCAAAGAUGCUCAGUCCAGGCUUGGGUUGGCAGCAGUAGAGCUUGUGCAACUUUCCAACACACGUUGGGCAUGUCGGCUGCAAUCAAUCAGUGCAGUGCUUCAGACCUUACCUGCCAUAUUUGAAUGCCUCUCUGUCACUGGGGCUCCCUUGGCUAUUGGAAUCAAAGCAAAGCUAUCAGUGUUCUCAACCAUCUAUGCUCUCUUGAUGUUUCAGACACUUCUGUCCAUCACUGAAGGACUCCACAAACUCCUUCAGAAGGAGACAUUAGACCUGGCAGAAGCUCUGAUUUGCAAAGAUGCUGUGUGUGAUACUCUCAAAGAACCACCUUAUCUACCCCAUCCUACAUUAUACUACAAUGAUGAAUCACAUGAUUCACAUCACUAUGACUACGUACAGCCUAGAACUGAUUCCAGCUACAAUUGA